UAUGUACCCACACAGUCCGCCGCGCGCCGUCACCGGGGGCGCCUGUGUCGCUUGCUCUGCAUGUUCAUUAAAACUUGUCUUUACGCAAGUUUAGACCUAUAUGUGCUUAAAGUCCACAGAUAUCUGGAUUGAUAUAUUUUCGGAGUGCUUCUUACAGAACCGUUUAACAGAACGGUUAGGUGCACGCUCGCAACUCAAAUGCGGGCUUGGAACAUUUGUGGGUGGAAAAAUAAACAUAACACUCCGGAGCGGCAUCAGAGCGAGGCGCCGACUCGGCGCCCAACUCCACACGCCUGCUGAUGACACAAUAAAUUGUGAUGCUGGCACGAACAGGUCCCUACAGGAAACUGCGUCCUAGAGGACGGCGAAGGACGUUCUAGCAAUCGAAUUUCUAGUUCUAUAAGUGCAAGUGCCUAAUUAUUUUGUAAACAUGUUGGGUAACCGACGUAACUUAAUAUUUAGAGUGAGCAUUGUGAUCAAUAUCGCCGUGCUGCUGUACGCGGCGAUGCAUCUGUCAGUGAACACCGCGCCUGGGGUGGAGUGGAUACCCAUCACGGUAGACGGAUCCGAGAGGAGCGCCGAGCUGCGGUACCUCGGCCGAGAGGACGUCAGGAACGACACUGAAAUGAGAUCAAUCGAGUCGAGCGUUAGGAAUUUAGAGGAGUCGACAUCGCAAAAGACUACUUCCACGAUGCCGACUACAAACAAAACAGCGUCUAGUACCGCUUCUAUGGUAGAUAUAGAGAAGAAGAUUAGUGCUGUGCCCUCUGAUGCAGAUAUAACUAAUGAAACGCUCGACCUUGAUGUAGUGGAUGAGAACGCGCUGUCGGAAGCGACUUUGACACGACUGAAAUGUUUACUCACCUGCACAGACAAGGACUUCGCUUCGCAAACAGUGCAGCGGGGGGAGUUCUGGGUGUUAAAGAACUACGUGCGCGCUGACCACGGCACGAUUCAAUGUCACGAGACAAUUACUUACACCACUCAUGCCGGUUUUGAGUUCCUCGAUAACGUUCUGCCUUUAGUUGAAAGAUGGAUGGCGCCGGUGAGCCUGGCGAUCCACGCGCCGGGAGCAGACAUGGCCCCGACCGUGGACAGCAUCAGAUACCUUCGGGAUUGCACCGGGAACGAACUCAUCCGACAAUAUGUCACUUUCCACAUCUUCUUCCCCAACAAACAUAUACCUAGCAAGAUACAAGACCCUGAGAAGUUCCUCCUCACACCGUAUAACUGCACGUUAAAACCGCCAUAUGACGUGAACUCUUCAACGACUUACAUGAAAGAGAAGAGUCUCUUAUAUCCAGUGAAUGUUGCUCGAAACAUCGCCAGAGAUGCUGCUGUGACACAUUUCAUAUUGCCCUCUGACAUAGAGCUGUAUCCUAGUCCGAAUUUAAUACCUAGAUUUUUGAAUAUGAUAGCAAGAAAUGCAAAGCCUUUAAACACGUCUACAAAGCCGAGGGUGUUCCCUAUAAGUAUCUUUGAAGUCGACGCCAAAGUUCAAGUGCCAUCAACAAAGACGGAACUCCAACGUAUGUUGGCGAAUAAGACUGCAAUACCAUUCCAUAAAUUCGUAUGUCCUAACUGUCACAACAUACCCCAAGGUCUGCAGUGGAUGACCGCGCCGGAAACAAGCCAGAUGGGUGUGUUCCACGUGGGGAAGCGGCAUGGUAAAUACGUGCACUGGGAGCCAAUUUUCAUUGGCACUCACCAGGACCCGUACUACGACGAGAGACUCAGUUGGGAAGGAAAGAAAGAUAAAAUGACACAGGGCUACGUUCUCUGCGUAAAAGAUUACGACUUCAUGAUCUUGAACAACGCAUUCCUCACGCACAAGCCUGGCAUAAAGCACUACGUGAAGAACCCGAAAAGGGAGGCCAUAGCAGGCCGCCAAACAAACUUCGUCAAAAACGUAAUCAUGCCUGAAUUGAAGAAACUAUUCGGCACGAGGAGUGGAUGUGCGCUGUGACGAAUUAGAACAAUUAAUUAUAGAAUUUUACCGCAGUGAUAAGUGAUAACAGAUCUAACCAACCAUCAACAGUGUGCAAUUUUCCGCCUGACUUUUAUAAAACCUUUACAGAUGGAAUUGCGACUCGGUUUAAAAACAUAUCAUUAUUGUAACAAUGGAUAGUAUUCAGUCAUCACCCUUAAUUUUGUAAGUGUGACCGCAAACUGAACAACACGCAAGCUUCCGACCAUCUAUACUGUUUUCAAAUCAGUCUCACCCUCGUCCGUAUAGUCUAAGCUAAAUUGAAGUGUAUAUUUUAUAUUUUCGAUAUAACACAUUUGAUAGAUGUAACGUAUUCUAUUUUGCCGCCCAAAAUGAUUCCAUUAAAUCCUGCUACGGUAUUGCCUUCGUACGUGUGUGAGAGGCUCGAAAUAGUAACAUAAACACACUUUUAGUUAUCUUUUAUUUGUUUUAAAUGUAAAUAUUUCAUCUCUGAACAUCAACGCGAGGUGUUUACAUUGUUUUGUUUGAUGUAAGAAGGCACUUGACUGUAUUUAAGUACUUUUUUACAUCGCAAACAUUAAAACGCGUAGAUAUUAUAGACUUAUGUAUUUUUACGGUAGAUAUAGUUUUAUCAGCUUCGUACAUAUUUGCUUUAAUAUGUAUUGUACUGUCUCAUUGAGUUUAGAAAUUAAUUUAUGUUUGUAAACAGUCCGCUAGAUACACAUGCUAGAUGAUUUAAACGACUAAUUAAUAAUAAUUAUUAUACAAUUCAUUGAUUUUAGUCAUUCGAAUUACGGCAAAUUUCAUGUAUGUAUUUUUGUAUUGAGUAUUUAAGUUGAACUUGCCACAUUUUAUCUGGUAUGUUGUUCCGUCUCUUAUAAUUUAUUUAAAAUCAUAUUAAAUUCUAUUCUGUUUUGUAUAUAAUCAUCAAGUAGGUAUUUUACUGUUUAAUAUUUUGACUCUACAUGAUAUUAAUAUAAGUACUAUUUUAUUACAUUGUCAACUAUUCCAGUAUUAAUUUCUCCAUUUAUUUUAAUGAAACUAUAACAAACCAGUCAUUGCAUUCAUCCAUAAAGGUUCCUAGAGGUACAGACGCCCAGUCCACAUCGCAAAAUUUCAUUUUAUCCAUAAAAAUCGCACAGACGAUAACCAUGUGUAACGUGGUUGCAUUAUCUUUUUAUAAACUUUUAUAAGUAGCAUUUAGAAUACGUAUGAAUUCACUUGUAUCAAUUACUAUAGAUCCGUAAUAAAAUUGAUCUAUAUUGCGUCAAUAUUCAGAGUCUAUGCAGCAUUUAAUGAUUACUCUUUAGAAUUAGACUUAUUUAUAUAAUAAAUAAUGCUUGAUUCAUAUAAAGGUUUGAGGAAAUUGAGUCAUAAAGCCUAUAUAGGAUAAGUGUAAAAUGUGUUGGGCCUUAUUGUGGUUUUAGUAAUGCUAUGUACAUGUAAAGUAAGUGUUUAAACUCACCACGUCCGACAUUUAGCUUCGAAACAUCUUUUAGUUGUGUAGGGUAUCCUGUACUUCUUUUACUUUUAUCUUGUUAAUAUAAUUUUUUAAUUUCUAAUUAGUUGCGUGUAGUAUUUGUGUCUUUUUUCAGUUAAAUAUAUUAAUUUAGAAUUUCACUCUUCUUAGAAACUAUAAGGCAUUACAUUCUUUUGUAGAGCUAUGUAGCUAGUUAUUUAUGUAUGAAAUAGUAAUACAAAUCAACUAAUCAGUAAUAACAUUUUUAUCAAAAGCCACAGUAGUACAAACGUGGUAGUAAAGAUAUGCGUGAUAAAAAAUAUUAUCAACCAUGUUUUUCUAUUUCAAAAAAUACAAUAGAUAACAGAAUCGUUAUUCUUCCAUUAAGAUUAAUAUCAGCGAACGCUACUCGAAGCGUUCUCAAUACUUCUAGUUGUAGUUACUUCCUUAAUCGUAAUAAUGUAAGUUUUCUUUAGUCUAUUUAACAUUAGUAUUACAUAGUAUUUUCCGCAUCGGGUUUGGGUUACGGUAAUGCAUGUGGUGAGUUUUCACUUGGGCUUCAAGUGCCUGUUAGUUAUAAGUGCAAUAUAAAAGUCUUUAAAUGUGAUCAUUUACGAAAAUGUAUUUAUCGAUAUGUAAUUAUUCCAAGAAUUUUACCUUUUAUAAACAAUUUCGUACGAAUCUACAGAACGUGUAAUCGGUGUAAAGUUGAAAUAAAAGGAAUAUCACUCAU